CAGGAAACCAGCUCUCCCUUUCUCCCGCCAACCUCUCGCCUGUUCCAUUUCAGGCCCUGACUCUCAUCCAUCUGGUCUGGAUUCGCUCUGUCGCACUACAGAGUACAAUGGCCUGAGGCCCCCCCCCAUGUGCAGGAACGGCAGCGCUGAAAAAAAGUCCAAGUCCCACUCUGUUCUUCUCUGCGCAGCGCCGUUGUGUACGGAAUGAGAGCAUCAUUCCGCAUUCCGCUGCGGGCUUCCAUAUGUGAUCCUGCUGCGGUGUUCAAAAAUAAAUACAAAUACGACUAUAAUGGCGUGUCGAACAAUCGGCUAAAGUCGACCGUUUCCCUCAGGCUCUUUUCUUCCCGCUCGUCAAUCGCGACUACUAUAACGACCCCACCAACGACCUGUUGGCACUGGCAUUGUUCUCCGGGAUGGACCCUCUCUAGGACCUAUUCCACGAGGACUUCGACGUUGAACGCUACGAGAGGCGCCGGGGCCAACUAUAAUGGGUAUACGCGGACGGAUUCCGAUUCUAAAAAUCUUCGACGGAAGUAUAUCAAAUAUGCAGUGAUCGGGACUGUGCUGGGCGUGGGAACUAUUACUCUCUAUGAUCAGAUUGAGCAUGUAUAUUAUGCUCUGACGAGAAGUGGGAGGGUCGUUGGCGCGCUGGCCGUUUGUAUCAAUGAGUAAGUUUGGACGAGGUAUCUCCUGGAUUGUUCUCAUCGGGCUAGUUUGGCUUAUAGAGCGAAACAGCUAUCGGAAGACUCUCAAACUCCGGGACCAACUUCCUCCAGAAGAAUACGCAGAAACUCUUCGGGCAUGUCACAAGCGCUGUGCGGUACGAACACUACACGUUCUCGAGAAAAAUGGAUCCGUCUUCAUAAAAUUAGGACAACACCUGAGCAGCAUGAGUUAUUUACUUCCGUUAGAAUGGACGACAACUUUCAUCCCGUUGCAAGACAAUUGUCCCGUCUCGUCGAUCGAAUCCAUUCAGAACUUACUCGUCACCGACACGGGUCAUACUAUGGACGAGCUCUUUGAAACGUUCGAGCCCACGCCGAUCGGGGCCGCCUCCUUAGCACAAGUUCACAUUGCCACAUUGAAAGACUCGGGAAAUAAAGUUGCUGUCAAGGUGCAGCAUCCUGUACUAGCAGAAUGGGUGCCGUUGGACCUGGCAUUGACGCGGUUUACGUUCUCGAUGCUCAAGCGGUUCUUCCCCGAGUACGACCUUGAAUGGCUAUCUAGAGAAAUGGAUAUGUCUCUGCCGCAGGAAUUGGAUUUCCGGAAUGAGGCGAGGAAUGCGGCUAGGACGAGAGAGUACUUCAAGAAGCAUCCGAAUGCCCCAUUGGUGAUUCCGGACGUAAUAUGGGCUAAGGAGCGCCUCGUUGUAAUGGAUUACGUUACUGGCCACCGCCCCGACGAUCUUGAAUACCUCGACUCCAACGGCAUUGACCGGGACGAAGUCUCCGCUGCUUUGGCGCAUAUCUUCAACGAAAUGAUAUUCGGCGAAGAUGCCCCCUUGCAUUGCGAUCCGCACGGCGGCAACAUUGCCAUUCGCAAGAACCCUAAUCGGCGUUAUCCCAAUUUCGACAUCAUCCUCUACGACCACGGCCUCUAUCGCGAUAUCCCCCGUGAUAUGCGCCGCAACUAUGCCAAGAUGUGGCUAGCAGUCAUCGACGCAGAUAUACCAAAAAUGCGCAAGUACGCGCAUGAGGUCGCAGGUAUCACGGACGAGCAGUUCCCGCUCUUCGCCUCCGCCAUCACGGGCAGAGACUACAGCGUCCUGGUUAACAAAAACGUCACUUCCUCCCGUACCGCUGCCGAGAAGGAACAGAUCACUGGUGCACUUGGCGAUGGCAUGCUACAGCAACUAGUUGAUUUGCUCAGCAAGGUACCGCGGAUUAUUCUUCUAAUUCUCAAGACGAACGAUCUCACGCGCAGCCUGGACGAAAACCUCCACACUCGCCAGGGCCCCGUCCGCACAUUUCUCAUCCUAGCCCGCUACGCCACACGUUGCGUCUUCGAAGAGAACAUGGAAUCCAUCCACGAAAGCGGUGGUGUGCUCUUCCGACCCUCUAAUCUCUGGAACUUCCUCAAGGCAUGGUUUACUUACAUGCGUGUUGAGCUGAAGUUAUCCGUGUACGAGCGUGUGUUGUCUUUGAAGAGUCGGUUUGGGAUACGGACGGCCGUUUGAAGUGAAGCCAGCGGAGGAGAAAUUAAUAUGAGAAUGAAGAUAGGGCAGGGACAAAAGGAAAGUGAAAAUAGAAGUAAAUACAGUGUGUUAAAACAUCGUUUUUUGUGGUAUUUGCUUGGUUGUUUCUUUUCCUUUUCUUUUUUCUUCUUUUUAUCUAUGUGCAUUCGCUGUACAUUUCAUAGUCAUGGAGACUUGAUAUAUAAGUAAAUAAUCAUUACAGCUAGCUACCAUAUAUGAAGCAUAAUGCCUAGUAUAAAAGCAGGAUCUACGAUAUACAAG